AUGGACACAUCUCUGGUGUUUUCAGUGCGGAGGCGCGAGGCAGAGCUGAUAGCUCCGGCGCAGGCGACUCCUCGCGAAGUGAAGCUACUGUCAGACAUAGAUGACCAAGAUGGGUUAAGGUUUCAGAUUCCGGUGAUCCAGUUCUACCGGUAUGAUCCAUCGCAAGCGGGGAGAGACCCUGUUGGGGCUAUCAGAGAGGCUUUGGCCAAAACGCUUGUGUUUUACUAUCCCUUUGCAGGUAGGCUGAGGGAAGGGCCUGGUCGGAAACUCGUGGUGGAUUGCACAGGGGAAGGUGUUCUUUUCAUUGAAGCUGAUGCAGAUGUCACGCUCAAGCAGUUCGGUCACUCUCUUCAACCUCCUUUCCCCUGCUGGGAGAAUCUUCUUUACGAUGUUCCUGCCUCUCAAGGAGUUCUUCACACUCCCCUCCUCCUCGUACAGGUGACGCGGCUGAAGUGUGGGGGUUUCAUAUUUGCACUUCGUCUGAACCACACGAUGAGCGACGCAGCGGGUCUGGUCCAGUUCAUGAAUGCGGUGGGCGAGAUAGCCCGAGGGAGGAAGGAGCCGUCAGUCCCGCCGGUGUGGCGGAGAGAGCUUCUCAACGCGCGGGACCCACCACGAGUCACGUGCACCCACCGAGAGUAUGAUGACGUCCCCGACACCAAAGGGACCAUCAUCCCCUUGGACGACAUGGCGCACCGCUCCUUCUUCUUCGGCCCCACCGAGUUCUCGGCCAUCCGCCGCCUUCUCCCCCCUCACCAAAAAAAAUGCUCCAACUUCGAAGUCCUUACCGCAUGCCUCUGGCGCUGCCGCACCCUGGCGCUGCAACCCGACAGAGACGAGGAGGUUCGCAUUAUCUGCAUAGUGAACGCACGCGCCAAGUUCAACCCUCCUCUACCAGAAGGAUACUACGGCAACGCUUUUGCGUUUUCCGUGGCGGUUACAACUGCGGGGAAGUUAUGCGAGAAUCCAUUGGGAUAUGGUUUGGAGUUGGUGAGGAAGGCGAAGGCUGAUGUGAACGAGGAGUACAUGCACUCGGUGGCAGAUUUGAUGGUUACGAAAGGACGCCCUCACUUCACGGUGGUGAGGUCGUAUCUGGUGUCGGAUGUUACACGUGCGGGGUUCGGUGACGUUGACUUUGGGUGGGGGAAAGCUUUUUAUGGGGGACCGGCGAAGGGAGGUGUUGGAGCCAUUCCUGGUGUGGCAAGCUUUUACAUACCCUUCACUGAUGUUAAUGGAGAAGAAGGGUUGGUUAUGCCCGUUUGUUUACCCUCUGAGGCCAUGCAGAGGUUUCGGAUGGAGUUGGACUCUGUCCUUAACAACCAAACCCAGCCUACUUCAAACUCCAAGUUCAUUGUUUCUUCCUUAUAG